CAGAAACUUUAGUACACUCCGCGGUCGCAACCAAGCAUCACGCACCAUUGGUAGCAACGGUAAGCCAGAAUCAUGGCUUGCGCGCUCAACAGAAAGUUCACCUCAUGGUUUCAAACCAGCCUAAUAUUCCUUGUAAACUUCUCCUUCGCUGAACCUCAAUUAGAUCUGCCUCCAAUCUCUGGAUCUACCACGCAAAGAUACGGCGGUUAUGGAUUGCUAUCCAGUACACAGGGACCUAUAAAUUCUCCUGGGAAUCAGUUCAAUCAAAACUUCCAAUUCUCUACGGCCAGACCAAACCAGAACACUCCUGGAGUGUAUCCCGUAUCGUCUACCCCAUUCAGCAAUGGGAUAAGCCCAGAUAUCAGCAACAAUGGAUAUCCCAACAAUAAUUUCGCGAAUCCCAGCUCAACAUUACGCCCGUUCGAUAACAGGAAUCGUGAUGAUAGAAUCGAUAUAAAUAACGACCCGAAUUUCAGGAGGAAUGAUCCAAAUUUUAUCAGGAAUGACCCUAAUUACGUUGGAGCGAAUCCGUUCGAUUUCAAUAGGGGUGUGGACAAUAAUAAUAUAGAUGAUAGGUUCCAUCAGGUGAAUGUUGCGCAGAUAAGGGAUUUCCUGGUGAAGGCUGAUGAGCAGGCUUCCCGGGAGUGCACCAACAAUGUCGCAGCUCAGUGGAACUUCGAAACUGAUGUGAAUGACGCAACGCAACAUGCUGCAUUGGAUGCCCAACAGCGCUACACGCUGUUCCAGCGUGGGCUGUGGGAGGCAGCUCAGCUGAUUCCACGCCAGGCUGUCAGAGACUACUCUACGUUCAGGCAACUGCGGCUGUUGUCCAUCAUUGGGCCCAGUGCGCUUCCUCCAGACCAGCUUGACAGAUACAACCGAAUCAUUAACGACAUGCUAGCAGUCUACAACACGGCCGAGAUCUGCGCGUACAAUGAACCGUUCAAAUGCGGGCUACAUCUCCAACCGGAGCUGCAGUUCAUCAUGUCCCACUCCAGAGACUGGGACGAGCUGUCCCACGUGUGGACCGAGUGGAGGAGGAACACGGGCAGGAGGAUCAGGGAUCUGUAUGAACAGCUGGCGGAUUUGACCAAUCAGGCAGCUAGGUUAAAUAAUUUCACUGACGCGUCUGCCUAUUGGAUGUUCCCGUAUGAAUCAGGAAACUUGAGACAAGAGGUUGAAGAAGUUUGGGAACAGGUGAAGCCAUUAUACGAUCUUCUCCACGCGUACGUCCGUCGCCGGCUCCGCGAAGCAUACGGCCCCGAGAGGAUCUCCAGGUCUGCUCCCAUCCCUGCCCACGUGCUGGGAGACAUGUGGGGACAGAGCUGGUCCGGAAUCGUGCCUUUUACUCUGCCAUACCCAGGCAAAACCUUGGUGGAUGUGACGCCUGAGAUGAACCAACAGGGCUACACCCCGACAACGAUCUUCCAGCUCGCUGAAGAGUUCUUCGUGUCCAUGAAUAUGUCAGCGAUGCCAGAAGACUUUUGGGCACUCAGUGUCAUCAACCAGCCUCCAGACAGACAUAUUCACUGCCAGCCAUCAGCUUGGGACUUCUGCAAUCGCCAUGACUUUCGUAUCAAAAUGUGCACCCAUGUGGACAUGAAGGACCUGGUGACAGCUCAUCAUGAGAUGGCUCACAUCCAAUACUUCCUGUCCUACAGGAACCAGCCCAAGGUUUUCAGGGACGGAGCCAACCCUGGUUUCCACGAAGCGAUUGGCGAAGCUAUAGCUCUAUCUGUCGCAUCUCCCAGACACCUUCAGACCUUGGGUCUAGUCCAGCGCUCGGUAGACGACACUGCCCACGAUACAAACUACCUGUUUACCCAGGCUAUGGACAAGCUGGCCUUCUUGCCGUUUGCGCUCGUCAUGGAUAGAUGGCGCUGGGAUGUGUUCACCGGAGACGUGAGGAAGGAGCAGUAUAAUUGCCAUUGGUGGAGGUUGAGGGAACAGUAUCAAGGAGUGAAGCCUCCUGUACUCAGGUCAGAGUUGGAUUUCGACCCUGGCGCGAAAUACCACAUUCCUGCCAACAUCCCGUAUAUAAGAUACUUCGUCAGCACAAUCCUGCAGUUUCAAAUACAUCGCGCCAUCUGUGAACGAACGGGCCAAUUCAUCCCAGGGGAUCCCAACAGACCUCUUCACAAAUGUGACUUCUACCGGAACGCUGAGGCCGGACGGAUUCUCACCCGCCUCAUGGAGCGCGGGUCGUCCGCGCCCUGGAACCAGAUCCUGCAAGAAGCCAUCGGCGAGACCAGACUCAACGGCGAAGCUUUGAGGGACUACUUCAGGCCUUUAGAGGACUGGCUGAGGAGCGAGAACCUUAGGACUGGAGAGUACUUGGGCUGGAGCUACGAUGGCGACUACUGCAAGUUUAGUAUUGAAACGGCCGGUCUUCAAGUUUAUGGUGGGUUCUACAACGCGGCGACACAACACUUGACUAGCUUCGUCACCCUUCUUCUGACGUCAGCACUCACCACCAUAUACACGCUGCGCAGAUGAAUCGGAUCCAAAUUUUAAUAUAAAUGUAAAAGUUAUAAAAAUAUAUGAUGAUCGAUUUUUAGUCACGAACACUUCUGUAAUCUGCCACUCAAUAUGUAUUCAAACACAUCAAAAUCCUACAUUAGGUACGACACGUAGGUAAUAAAGAAGCAGUUCGUGCGUACUUACUUUCUAUUUACUUAUAUAUCUGUGUAAAUAUACUAUUAUAUAAAUAUUUUUUUAUAGUGGGUUCUACAAUCGAAACACACUAUAAACGUCAGUGGCGUUGUCUCCUUACUAGUGACGUCAGCUCUCGCCGGCAUCCACACAGAUGCCGAUGAAUUUUGAAGUGAAAACUUCUUUAGCGGCUUUGUGCACUUUUUGUGAUGGGUGAAAAAUGUUAAACUCGCGUCAGGACACGUGACCCUGAUCGAAAAUUCGUAAGAUGUCAAAUGUGCACAACGCUAAUAUUCAAGUUUUCACUUCGGCCGGCGCUCCCAGUGUGCAACCCGGUUUUUUUUCCAUACUAUUACUAUAUUAUUUAGCUACGGCCCAUGACACUGACAAAAAUAUAUUUGUAAUGAAAUGAACAAUGU